UUCUCCAUCAUCACUAAGGUCAAUAUCUGACUAUUAUUCUUACAAACACAUGUUAUGUAACAAAGUCACUACAAACAGAGGCCAUUCAAACUUUAACUCAAUUCCCAAAAAUGGAAGACGAAAAUGAUGCAAUAACAAGAGCAUAUCAUUCAUCACAUAGCCAAAUUCAAGAGAAUUUGGCACGAGAUUAUCGAUUAGCUACACAAAAGGCUACUGCAUUCAGAAGAUUUAUUAGAUCAAAUUUAGUUCCAAUAUUAGCUCAUAAACAAAACAUGUUGAAUAGAUCCAUAACAUUUUUCAAGAACUUGUAUUUGAUGAGGAGGCAAGAACAGAUUCAGGUGAAAAGCACUCAAGUUCAUCACAUGAUUUCGGAGAGAAGAAGACGCGAAAAACUUAAUGAGAAUUUUCAACAACUGAGAUCUUUGCUCCCUCCUGGAACUAAGAAGGACAAAGCAUCAGUUCUUGCUGCUACAACAGAAAACAUAAUUUCUUUGAAAGCUCAAGUGGAAGAACUAAGUAAAAGGAAUGAAAUAUUGGAAGCACAACUUUUGAAAAAGAAAGAAGCCUCUGAGUUCACAAGUGGAAGUGGAAAACUAGUUGUUCAGAUAAUAAAUAUAAGUGAAUCAACAUCAGAAGCAAGAAUUGUGGAAUUGCAAGUUAUAGUAAAGGGAAAAUGCAGCAAAUUGGAUUUGGUUAUUCGUUUGCUGGAAUUCUUGAAAAUGGCUGACAAUGUAAGCAUAGAGUCAGUAGAAGCAAAUACUAGGAUGGUUCAAUCAUGUCCAGUUACUCUAGUAACCUUGAGAUUAAGAAUCCAGGGAGACGAAUGGGACGAAUCUGCUUUCCUGGAAGCAGCCAAAAAGGUUGCUGGAGACAUGGAAAUUAUUGGCUAAAAUUUCAUUCAGCAUAAGAUAAAUUAUUGGCUAAAAUUUUCACUAUCAAUGAUCAAACAGCCGUAGAUAUCAACUAGAUCGUCAAUGUUGUAGUAGUAUAGUCUUGUUAAUUUAGCGGUGCGCAUCUUUGAUUAGAUACUACAAGUUCGACAGAAUUCAAUAAGUCUAGCUCGAAUUACAUGUUAUAUGUGUGCGUGGAAAAAAGAUAUACACAUAUCUAAAGAGCAUACUGGACUUUAAAUCUUGAAUAUGUCGAUGUUCUAGGUGAAAUACAUUUAGAAGUUUUGAUUUACGGAUGUUGAAUGAUGAUAGAAGAAUA